GGUGGAGGAGGGGUGUUGUAGAGAAAUGCCUAACGAAGCGUGAAGCGUAACUGCAAGAGGGGACAAAGACAUAGCAGGCGAGUGUGCCAGUAGGGACCCAGAACUUACCAAAUACUACGGAAAGAUGAGGACGGCGGAAGAAAUAGAAAAACUAUUUUGCUGGAAACAUUUCGAUAUGAAGCCGAGUGUUAGCUGAAGAGUGCCUAGAAGGGGAGUCGAAGAAGUGUGCCGCGUUCCGUUCUUUGCAGCAACUUAACUUGGAACUUUGUUUUUCCCUGUGAAGAGGCUUCACUGCUUAGCCUGUGAAAGAAACCACGCGGUAUGUGGACAUGCGCUGGGCGUUCGUUUCACCUUGAAGUUGCCUCUUCUAUCAUUUAUGGAAGAAAAGUUGUGGGACUAUACUCGGGUUGUGGAAAAGACUGCAGUCUCCUAAGCACACGGACUGGUAAUUUGGUACACUGCAGUGUUGUCUUUUGAUUUUCAAGAGGUUCUACAUGCAUGCCCUGAUACAAUCGCUGGAAAAGUGCGCAUUGGUUACCCCGACGCCCUCCGAGAAUGAAACUUUGUUCUAGCGCUGUGGCGCUUUUCUUUUCGUUCGUAGUGGUCCUGGAUGCGCAGUUGGUGUGCUGGCAAGCGCUUAUGCAGUGCCACAACGAGCCGGAGUGCGAGCGCGCCUACGGCCAGUAUCUAACCGCUUGCGAGGGCAACAUCCGCGGCUCCAGGCAGAAGUGUCCGAGCCACUGCAUCAGCGCGCUGGUACGGCUGAACCUGACAGUCAGCGGCCCUGCCCUGGAGACUUGCGAGUGUGGAGAGGACGCCCUUUGCCGGAAGUCCAAGAGGGCCAUCGAGCCAUGCCUGCCCCGCAUACAAACAGAGGGAAUCGGAUGCACGGCGGCGCGUCAACGCUGCGAGGAGGACCACAGUUGCCACACUUCCAUGACGGCCUACCUGUCCAACUGCGGGCAGUUGUUUAACGGCCGGAAGUGCUCGUCAAGAUGUAAGAACACCAUCCAACAAAUGCUCUUGAUCCCCAACGGCAUGCUGCUAAAUCGGUGUGUAUGCGACGGUGUGGAGAGGCCGUUUUGCGAGGUGGUCAAAGAGAACAUGAUCAAACUGUGCAACAUCGGCGAGAGGGACAGUGGCAUCGCCACUUACCAGGCCGAGGCGGAUUACACCUAUGAAGACGAGGACAUUGACUUCAAAACGGAGAUGCUGGACCCUGACACAGUGGUGUCGUAUUCCGGGUCGCCCAGGCUGUCCCUCAGCCACAUUCUGCCCUUGUUUAUGGUCCUCUCGCUCACCCUGUGAGUGGGAGUGGGGUUGACAUUGCCCCUCUGGCGGUGUGCCAGGGGUCACCUUUGGAAUGUGUGUUACUCACGGAUACAGCCUGCUAUAGCAAAGAGAGCGGGGAGUUGGUUGGUUGGAAAACACACUAGUCUUGACAAUACAUGGUGUUUUACCAAUUGACAGUCUUGAUCAUGCAAUGGUUGACAGUCAAGGCUGUUUGGCUGUCUCUUGUAUUGGCUACAGUCUGAUGACUUCUUUGCUGGACUGUGUACUCAGAAGAUUAUAAUCUUUGCACUCGUGCCGGGGUGAGAUACUAUUACACAAGUGAUUAUUUGAGGGGGAAGUCAGCCUACCCCCCCCCCUGUCCAGCCCAGUCCACCCUUCUCCAAAUGACAAGAGGAACAACAUUGACUCAUUGAGCCUACUACUUCUCUCCCUGUCUUCCUGUGGUCCUUCUUGAACUGUUCCCCCUCCAUCCCAACUGUUUGUUUUGUUUCAUCUCAAUAGCCCUUGAAGUUUGCCUUUUAUUAGGAGCGUAAGGUAAACACUGAGCCUGUGUUUGCUCUGCACUGCACUUCACACCAGGCCCUUUGUGUCGGCUAUCGGCCCUCAAAUAUUUGUGACGAGUCGCCGAGUGAGUGGACAAGGCUUUUUUGGAUCAAGCCGCUAAAUGAAGUGAAGAGGCUCUUUAAGCAGUCGCCUCCCCCUUUCCUUGCAACCCCCCCAAACACACCACCGACCCCUUUCCCUUUCUCCAUGGUUCCCCCCUUUUAAAAACUCCUGCUAUUACCCUUCCCCCUCCUCUGCACUGCUUUGUCUCUCUUUCUCUCUCUCUCUCUCUCUCUCUCUCUCUCUCUCUCUCUCUCUCUCUCUCUCUCUCUCUCUCUCUCUCUUCCUCUCUAUCCUUUCCUGGCUCUCAGAAGCAAUUCGAAAACAGAACCACCGUUACUGCCGCCCCCUUCCCUCUUAAACUUUUCAAAUGUUGGGUUCCAUGCCAAGUUCUGUGACUUACACAUGGUGAAGUAAUGGAAGUUGAUCUGUUGGCUUCACUGCUGUGCCACAUAGUGAUUCUUUUGUUUCCCUUGACUGCCAAGCUUUGUUUUUCGAAUGGACCACAGUUUUGAAUGAUGUUUCAAUGUGUGUUUCGUUUUUUUUGAGGGUUAUGAAGAAAGAAAACUUUUGAUGUGGAACAUUUCUGCUGGUCCCCAUUCUCUCUCUCUCUCUCUCUCUCUCUCUCUCUCUCUCUCUCUCUCUCUCUCUCUCUCUCUCUCUCUCUCUCUCUCUCUCUGUGUUAUAUUUUGUCCAUGUCUGUCUCUGUUCUUUGUCUUCUAAUGGCUUUGACCUAAAAGCUCUGGUUCUGACCCUGGCUGGAUGACUUUAUCCAUAGGGAAUAUGAACUCGCUGCCAGGAGAGGAGAGGAGAGCAGAGGAAUGGAUGGGGCGGAGGAGAGCCGAGUGGAUGGCUACAUCACAAUCUCUCAGCUCUUGGCUAGUGUGUUUUCUUUGUGGAAAACAACAAGAAGGAAUGAAAUAAAUGUAUCGCUGGAUCGUCAGCUAUAUAAUACGGAGCGCUGGGCCUUCUCUGGCUAUUAUUAUUAUUAUUACAGUCCCUUGCCUGGGGAAGUGUGUAACAAGUGAGGAAUGUUGGCCGAUAUUAGACUCUGGAGCCCCGGAGAAGGAGGCCUUUUUAAGUGGGUCUGGACUGCCAUGAAGAAAAAAGCCCUCCUGGGUUUUUGCAGAUGAAUUGGGCCUGACUGGGUUUCAGUGAGGGGAGGAAAGGCAGGGAGGAAAGAACAGAGGGAGGGAGGGAUAGAUGGAGGGAAAGUGAAAGGGGAGAGGAGAGCAGGAGGGAAAGGGGGAGUAUAGAGCACACUCUUCUGGUCUCCUUUACCUUCAUUGACCUACUUCUGUCACUCUGUGUCUUCUUCUCUUUUGCUUUGCUCUCCCUCUUUCCAAAAGGGGUCCACAUUACAAAAGCAGCCCAAGUAUAACUACAUACAAAGCAGUUACGUUUCGGAAGAAAAUGCAGUAAUUCUCCUUUUAUAUAGUUUAUAUUGUGUAAAAAUAUUGUGUGUUGUUUUUUGUAUGUCUCUCAACAUAUAGGACUGGCUUCCUGCUUUAAAGCGCUGAGGGGUACCCUAAUUUCCAACCUAUCAGCCGCUGCCUUUUUGUACGUUGAAACCUGCAGCUUAUACCGUGAUGUAGCUUAUACCGUGAUAUGGCUAUUGUAUAGAUUAUUAUGUGUGUCAAGCACAAAGUUUUUGUUUUUAAUUUGAGUGGGUGCAGCGUAUAUUCAGGUGCGGCUCAUAGGCCAGAAAUUACGGUACCCCAGAGGAUAUGUCACAUGUUUUUUUAGUCAAGGCUGAAUCCUUCCAAGUGAGAGAGUGAUGUCCUAUGGCUGUUUACAGAAGUGUGCUUCGUAUGAUUUUUUUUUCUUGGCCUGUACAGAGAGUGAACAAAUAUUUAUGUUGUAAAUUUAAGGUAAUAAAAAAAUAUGAUGGAACAAAACGCAAACUUAAACCAUGCCUGUGUUUCACUCAAUAUGCCCCAAAGUGAUUUCUGUGUGCUUGUGGUGUUACCAGCAUGCCAUGGAGUUCAACCUACGCUAUUCUCAGCACAACACUACACUGCAUGCCACCAUAUGUUUUGAAGGGUAAUGUGAACCAGAGAAAGAGACCCCCCCUCUC